GACGGGUGCGGAGGCCGAGCGCGCAGGCCAGGCCCAAGCCCACUGUUUGGAGGCCUUGCUCUGCGGCCAUGGGGGCUUCUGCGCGGCUGCUCCGUGCAGCGAUCAUGGGGGCCCCUGGCUCGGGCAAGGGCACUGUGUCGUCGCGCAUCAUCAAGCACUUCGAGCUGAAGCACCUCUCCAGCGGGGACCUACUCCGGGACAACAUGCUGCGGGGCACAGAAAUCGGUGUGUUAGCCAAGACGUUCAUUGACCAAGGGAAGCUCAUCCCAGAUGAUGUCAUGACUCGGCUGGUCCUUCAUGAGCUGAAGCAUCUCACCCAGUGUAACUGGCUGUUGGACGGUUUUCCAAGGACAGUUCCACAGGCUGAAGCCCUGGAUAGAGUUUAUCACAUAGACACGGUGAUUAACCUGAAUGUGCCCUUUGAAGUCAUUAAGCAGCGCCUCACAGCUCGCUGGAUUCAUCCAGCCAGUGGUCGUGUCUACAACAUUGAAUUCAACCCUCCCAAGACUGUGGGCAUCGAUGACCAGACUGGGGAGCCUCUCAUGCAGCGUGAGGAUGACAGACCAGAGACGGUCAUCAAGAGGCUGAAGGCAUAUGAAGCACAGACACAGCCAGUCCUGGAGUAUUACCAGAAAAAAGGGGUGUUGGAAACAUUCUCUGGAACAGAAACCAACAAGAUCUGGCCCUAUGUGUAUGCUUUCCUCCAAACAAAAGUUCCACAGACCAGCCAGAAAGGCUCAGUUACUCCAUGA